AUGGCGUCCCUGCAAAAUACAGAUCACACACCCCCAGAGACCAACCAGCCUAAAGCAGGCGAUAUCGAAAAACAGCAUGAAGUCCUCUGUCCCAAUGAGCCCCAAGAAAAGAAAUCAGCAUUCUCAAGUCUCGGUCUCCUCGAUCGGUUCCUCGCACUGUGGAUUUUCCUCGCCAUGGUAAUCGGCAUCAUUCUGGGCAAUUUUGUUCCAAAUACAGGACCGGCCCUUCAAAAAGGAACAUUUGUUGGGGUGUCUAUUCCUAUCGCGGUUGGUCUUCUGGUCAUGAUGUACCCUAUCCUCUGCAAAGUCCGCUUCGAAUCUUUACACCAUGUUUUCCGAACGAAGGAUAUCUGGAUCCAGAUGGCCUUUAGUCUUGUCCUCAACUGGAUCGUUGCGCCUUUUCUCAUGCUGGCCUUAGCCUGGGCCUUCCUACCCGACGAACCAGAAUUACGAGAAGGACUGAUUGUAGUCGGUCUAGCACGAUGCAUCGCCAUGGUUCUCGUCUGGACGGGCCUAGCAGGCGGCGACAACGAAUACUGCGCAAUCCUAGUAGCCCUAAACUCAAUCUUGCAAAUGGUCCUCUUCGCUCCAAUGGGCCUAUUCUUUAUAAGUGUCAUAAGCGGUGACCCAGUGACAUUCGAGUACUCAACAGCAGCCAAAAGUGUCGCUGUCUUCCUCGGUAUCCCUCUCGGCGCAGCAAUCCUCACCCGCUUCACGCUGCGCCGAAUCUCAGCGACUUGGUACGACAAUACAUUCCUGAAGUGGCUUAGUCCGUGGUCGUUGAUUGGGCUGCUAUUCACUAUUUUGGUGUUGUUUGCGUCGCAGGGUCGACAUGUUGUGCAUCAGAUUGUUUCUGUGGUACGGGUUGCCGCGCCUUUGAUUGUUUAUUUCCUUGUUAUCUUUUUCGCGACGCUUUUUGUUACUUAUCGGCUUGGAUUUGGGUAUCGGCUUUCAACUGUGCAGAGUUUUACCGCUGCGAGUAAUAACUUUGAGUUGGCUAUUGCUGUUGCGGUGGCGGUGUUUGGGGCUGAUAGUAACCAGGCUCUUGCUGCGACUGUUGGGCCUCUUAUUGAGGUGCCGGUUCUGCUGGGGUUGGUUUAUGCUGUUAAAUUUAUUGCCAAGCGAGCUGGUUGGAAGGAUUGA